CCCUCUAUCAGAGUUCCAUCUCCACGCGCCUCAGACCUCUAGCAUUCAAAGGGUUCUCGCUUUUCACGUGUGACGGCGGAGGUCUCGCUGCUCUCGUUCGAUGAACUUUCCACCCGAGGCUGCGCCCGCGCGCCCCAUCACCAGUCUCCACGCAACCGCCGUUCCGAGCGCACGUCAGUCGCCAACGCAUUCGGUUUUUCGCGGUUUUCCAACAAUUCAAACUCAGUGAGUGCCUGAAGCUAUUCAGUGAAGUGAAAUCUACUGUACUGUGUUGUUUAUUGAUAGACGACCAAGAUUAUUGUUGGAUAACGUAUGUGCGGAUUCGACGGGAGCGUAAAGCGAUCAGCGCACACUGAUGUAUGACACCCACAUGGUGCGAGGAUGCGUGAGGAGGAGCUGGAGGUGGCGCUGAAGGUGGUGAUCGUAGGCGAUGGAGGCGUCGGCAAGUCCAGCAUGAUCCAGCGCUACUGCCGCGGGACGUUCACCAGAGAUUAUAAGAAGACUAUUGGUGUAGACUUUUUGGAGCGACAAAUUGAGAUCGAUGGCGAGGAGGUGCGGCUCAUGUUAUGGGACACAGCGGGGCAGGAGGAGUUUGACGCCAUCACCAAGGCGUACUACCGCGGCGCGCACGCGUGCGUGCUCGCCUUCUCUACUACUGACCGGGACUCGUUCCUGGCGCUGCACUCGUGGAAACUUAAGGUGGAGAAUGAAUGUGGAGAAAUCCCAACCAUCAUAGUUCAAAAUAAAAUAGAUCUAAUGGACCAGUGCGUCGUCGGACCGGACGAGGCAGAGCUAGUGGCGCGUGCGCUUGGAUGCCGGCUGAUGCGUGCAUCAGUGAAAGAAGACGUAAACGUCGGUGCCGUGUUCCGCGCGCUGGCGGCGCGCUGCCUGGCCGACCAGCGGCGCGACGACGAGGACGUGCCGCCCUGCUCCGUCACCACGCCCGUCAUAGGCAACUUCACGAACCUGAACAGCAAUGGCACAAUACUUCUGCGGCCGGUGAAGGCGCGGCCCGGCGGCAAGAAGAAGAACGUACUGAGGAACGCUUGCCGGAUACUCUAACUUGACCAACGGACCUUGAGGCCGCGGACUGGACGCCAGCGGGCAGCGACGCGACCAGCUGGCGUUCAAGGACAUUCACACAUUUGAUCUAUUUAAAUGGCCUUGAAUUGACGCUCGUCCUCAGCCACACGUUUGCGUCCAGGCUUCGGCCUGAGAGAGAAGAGCCAUCUUGGAUUUUUACACGUUGCAUUCUGCGUUUGAACGUGCCAGUGACUGCUGUCAGAGGUCUUAACUAUGCAGUGGCACAUUCGUGUGAGUGACUAGGC